AUGGGCUCAUCUAAGGAUCGUGGAAGUUUCACCAAUAUCUCGGUCGAGGAGCACUUUAGCGUCUCUCAAUCUAGUCCCGGUGGACAGUUUGCAGGUCCAACGGAACAAAUAUCUACGGCGGCUGAAGCACUUAUAGGGAGGUCGACGACAUUAACGGAGGCUCUAAAAGCAGCGGCCAUGAAUGUUGGCCACAAACCAGUGGAAACCACCGACGUAGCUGCCAUAAAAGAGGUUGAAUCUAGAGCCAUCGGAGACAACAUAGAAGGUGAUCGCGGUGGUGUAACAGCCGUGGCAAGUGAGGCGGUUGCUCGUAACGAGAAAAUAGAUAAAAAGGGUGAGAAGACAAAUCUACAAGACGUUAUCGCGGAGACUGAUGUGAAGGUAACGAGGGACAAAUCAGUCUCAAGUGAAGACGCUGAAGCAGUGGUUCAAGCUGAGCUUAAUCAUUCUCAUCGUAUUAUUCCUGGAGGCGUCGCUGAAUCCGUAGCUGCAGCUUAUAAACUCAACCACGAUCCAUCUCUCUGAUAUAUGAAGUCUUAUACCAUAUAAUAUAAAAAGGCCUUGGUUUGUGUUGCAUAAAUAA